AUGCGAACUGUUGACCGAAAACAGUUCUUGUCGAAAGCAAAGUACAAGGCUGAGAAUAGCAUGAAACUGGUUUUCAAGCCUAAACAAAAAAUAGGAAAAAUUGCUUCAGAAUUAACAGGUUUGACAACUGAUAAUCUGAACAAGCAAGAAAGCUUUAAUUCGAAGGCAGCUGAUCUGAUCAAAAUCUUUCUUUUGAGAUUGAUCGAUCAGAAGUGUAAUAAUUUUCUCAAUUGGGAUUCUCACAAUAUGGCUGCAGCAAGUAGUGUCCCUGUAGAAACUUUGGUUUUUAUGCAUUCCAAAGCAAGUGACAGUUCAAAAGAUGGAGCCAAUUCAAGGAUUACUGAGAUAUGUAUGCAAGCUGUCAGCCGAAAACACUUCCUGUCAAAAGCAAUGAACAAGUAUGAGAAUACGAUCAAGCUUGUUGUCAUGCCUAAAGAUGAGAAAGAACAAACUGUUUCAAACGUGACUGCUGAGAAAGAGGAGAAAAGUAAGCAGGAAAGCUUAGAUGCAGCGGAUGCUGAACUGUUGAAAUUUACUGAUCACCUCCCUGACUGGAAGGGUUGCCUGAAGGAAGAACCGACUUUAAGCCCUUUAGUGAUAUGGUCCUUCUUUUCUGUUUGUUCAAGUUUGCUUUCUUUUCCUCUUUUCACCUCUCCGUUCUUGGAAAGAUGCAGACAUUGCUUUUUCUUUCUCUUUUCUGCUUACCCUCUCUCCGGGGAAAAUGCAGUAAAUCUACUGUUACCUUCUUUUCUUUGGCAUUGCCCAGGAUUUGACGGUCGAGCACAUCCUGUCAUUUAA